CCUUCCGUGCACAAUAGCGGCAAGGAAACUGGCUUGGUCCAUGCUCGAUCACCUCGUCUCGAGCACUCGAGUUUGUCGCACUAGAAAAACACCAGCGCCUCCGAUGUUGAUGCGACUAGCGAGCACUUGUUUGAUUGUAACGUUCUACUGCACCUCGGUCCCAGUCGCACUCGCCGAACCUGCUCUCACUCCCAACGUGUUAGCUGCCGCCACACCCACGCAACGAGCCAAAUCUGUUCGGAAAUACUGCACCAUGCGCUGCAACCAUCGAGGGUUUAUGCGAUAUGCUUGUUGAUGUGGGUGGCGCAACUCUCGCGUAGGAAGCUGUCUCUGCUGCAUCUCUGUGUUGAUGACAUGGGCAAAGUGACCUGCAGCAUCCUUGGCGGGUGGACUUGACCAAGAGACCACUG